GGGCAGCGCCGCCCGCCCCGUCCCCCGGCCGGAGCCAAAAUGUCCUUCUUCAACUUUCGCAAGAUCUUCAAGCUGGGCGGCGAGAAGAAGAAGAAACAAUACGAGCACGUCAAGAGGGAUUUGAACCCUGAGGAGUUCUGGGAAAUCAUCGGGGAGCUGGGAGAUGGUGCUUUCGGUAAAGUGUUCAAGGCUCAGAACAAAGAAACAAAAGUUCUGGCUGCUGCAAAGGUGAUAGAUACUAAAUCAGAAGAAGAACUUGAAGAUUACAUGGUGGAGAUUGAUAUUUUAGCAUCCUGUGAUCAUCCUAAUAUUGUCAAGCUCCUAGAUGCUUUCUACUAUGAAAACAAUCUGUGGAUCCUGAUCGAAUUUUGUGCAGGAGGAGCUGUAGAUGCAGUCAUGUUGGAGCUUGAAAGGCCAUUAACAGAGCCCCAGAUCAAAGUGGUGUGCAGGCAGACACUGGAAGCACUGAACUACUUGCAUGAAAAUAAGAUCAUCCACAGAGAUCUAAAGGCUGGCAAUAUUCUUUUCACAUUAGAUGGAGACAUUAAACUAGCGGAUUUUGGAGUAUCAGCUAAAAACACAAGAACAAUACAAAGAAGAGACUCUUUUAUUGGUACACCAUAUUGGAUGGCUCCAGAAGUAGUAAUGUGUGAGACCUCUAAAGACAGGCCUUAUGAUUAUAAGGCUGACAUUUGGUCUCUUGGCAUUACUUUAAUAGAAAUGGCUCAAAUAGAGCCACCUCAUCAUGAAUUAAAUCCCAUGCGAGUGCUUCUGAAAAUUGCAAAAUCUGAUCCUCCCACGUUAGCACAGCCUUCAAAAUGGUCAUCAGAUUUUAAAGAUUUUCUGAAGAAAUGUUUGGAAAAGAAUGUAGAUGCAAGGUGGAGUGCAACUCAACUGUUACAGCAUCCAUUUGUUACUGUUACUUCCAAUAAACCAAUAAGAGAAUUGAUUGCAGAAGCUAAGGCUGAAGUUACAGAAGAAGUUGAAGAUGGUAAAGAUGAAGAUGAAGAAGAGGAAACAGAGAAUUCUCUGCAGUUACCUGCAGAAAAGCGUGCAUCCUCCGACCUUAGCAUUGCCAGCUCUGAAGAGGAUAAACUUUCACAGAAUGCCUCUGUCCUGGAAUCUCUCUCUGAGAAAACAGGAAGUAAUACAAUUGAGGACAAAACAGCUGGGGAUGAAUCUGAGGACAUUAAAUUUAGGAAAACAGCUGAUAAGAUAUGCAAUACUACCGUUAACGAUGUGGAAGUGCAAAACGGUUCUGUGCCAACUGGUGAAGAUGAGGAAGGCAAAAUAAUGCCAGCAGAAAAGGACACAGAAAGCUUGGAAAAACCACAUAAGGAUACAGAACCCCAGAAAGGAGGGAAAGAACUUGACGUGGUAACAAAACCAGAAAUAAAGAAUGAACCCAACCUAAAAAUAGAGAAAGAAAAUUCCACAGCAAAUGAACAGACAGAAGAUAAUAAACUGAAAGUAGUACCCACAACUGAAAAUAGUGUAGAAACUGAAGAAGGCAUUUCUAAGGAAACUGGUGAAAAAGAAGAGAAGGAGAACAGAACAGAUCUCUCGGGACUUAAGGAAGAAAAGGUCCCUGUAGAAAAUACAGAUGCAGAGCAAAAGGAAAAUAAAAAUGAGGAGCAGAAAGAGGCAACAAUAGACACCACUACAGAAACUCUACCUAAUGCUACAGUCGAAGGGUCUGAUGAAGAAAAGGAACUAAUAAAGCAUGGAAUUGACAACAUUAAGGAGAUAGGUGAUAUUGCUGAAACACCGAUCAGUGAUGGGGAUAAAAUACCUGAGCUGGAGGAUAAGCCAGUGGAAAGUCAGGCUAAGCAGGUCCAUGAGAUAAUCAGCUCUGAAGAAACUCUAUCAGAAAGCCAAGAUAAAGUGAUCAAAGUAGACAAGAAACUGGCAGAAAGUGAAAAUGAGGAUAUUAGUAAUAUAAGCAGCACAGAGGAAACAAAGAUCAAAGACUCUGGAAAAGAUGUCGUAGACCAGAAGGCAAUACAGAGCAAGCCUGAGGAUAUUUCUAAUAAAGUGAUGGAUAACCUGACUGAUAUGGACCAAAAUUCAGGAGAGUGCAGACCUGAGAAUAUCCAGGAAAACAACAUUCAGACAGACAAAGAACGUUUAGAAGUUACUUCUGAUGAAGUAAUGAAGGAUAAGCUUCAAAAUACUGUCAAUGAACAAGGUGAUGACUCUGAAGUCACUCCAGUCCCCAGUAUUAGUAUUAGCACUGAAGAAAAUGAGAAAGUCAAAACAGAUAAUCAAGGCAAUACUGAGACUUCCCAGCAGGUAGAGUCGGAGAAUGUGAAGGAAAAUGAUGCCGAUUCAGGCACAGGUUCUACAGCUGAUAACAGCAGCAUUGAUUUGAACUUGUCCAUUUCUAGUUUCCUUAGUAAGAACAAAGAGACAGGAUCAAUAUCUUUACAGGAAACUAGAAGACAGAAGAAAACGUUAAAGAAAACUCGGAAGUUUGUCGUUGAUGGAGUAGAAGUGAGUGUAACCACAUCAAAAAUAGUUACUGAAAAUGACUCCAAAAGCGAAGAAAUGCGAUUCCUACGACGUCAAGAGCUAAGAGAACUACGACUUCUUCAGAAAGAGGAGCAGAGAGCCCAACAGCAACUCAGUAAUAAGCUUUUGCAACAGCGAGAACAGAUGUUCAGACGUUUUGAACAGGAAAUGACAAGUAAGAAGCGACAGUAUGAUCAAGAAAUAGAAAACCUAGAGAAGCAGCAGAAGCAGACGAUAGAGCGCCUGGAGCAGGAGCACACGAACCGCUUACGCGAUGAAGCAAAACGCAUCAAAGCAGAACAGGAGAAGGAAUUGUCCAAAUUCCAGAACGUGCUGAAAAACAAGAAAAAAGAGGAGCAGGAGUUUGUGCAGAAGCAGCAACAAGAACUGGAUGCAUCUCUGAAGAAGAUUAUUCAGCAGCAGAAGACGGAACUGGCCACUAUUGAACGGGAUUGUCUCAACAACAAACAGCAGCUCAUGAGAGCUCGUGAAGCUGCAAUCUGGGAACUGGAGGAGCGGCAUCUGCAGGAGAAACACCAGCUCCUCAAACAGCAGCUCAAAGAUCAGUACUUCAUGCAGAGACACCAACUGCUUAAGAGGCACGAAAAAGAAACGGAACAAAUGCAGAGAUAUAAUCAACGCCUUAUUGAGGAGCUAAAGAACAAGCAAACUCAGGAAAGAGCCAGGCUGCCUAAAAUCCAGCGAAGUGAAGCAAAGACUCGCAUGGCAAUGUUUAAGAAAAGUUUAAGAAUCAAUUCGUUAGCCUCUCCAGACCAAGAUCGUGAAAAAAUUAAGCAGUUUGCUGUUCAAGAAGAAAAGAGGCAGAAGAAUGAGAGACUGGCUCAGCAUCAGAAACACGAAAACCAAAUGCGGGACCUUCAGUUGCAGUGUGAAGCAAACAUCAGGGAACUGCAUCAGUUACAGAAUGAAAAAUGCCAUCUACUGGUUGAACAUGAGACUCAGAAACUAAAAGAGCUGGAUGAAGAGCACAGCCAAGAACUGAAGGAAUGGAGAGAGAAAUUGAGACCGAGAAAAAAGACGCUGGAAGAAGAAUUUGCCAGAAAACUGCAGGAACAGGAAGUUUUCUUUAAAAUGACUGGAGAAUCUGAAUGCCUUAAUCCUUCAACACAAAGCCGGAUUUCCAAAUUCUAUCCAAUCCCCAGCCUUCACUCUACUGGGUCAUAACUCUGGGAACUGCUGUAGGUUUUUUCCUAUUUGGAAUUCUCCAUCCUUACCCAUCUAACCUGACUUAUCCGCGGCGUGUGUACAUCCAAGGACCCCGCGCUUUUUGUUUUCGGUGGAGACAAUCAGUGUCACAUCAGUUUCUUCACUUCUCUGAGCAGAAGAAACGAACCCAGUGUUGGUGUACAAUGGUAAUGUUACGUCCUUCAGGUGUUUCAAGACUAAGUGGGCUUUUUAUCUCGCUCUCUAAAAGUAUGUUACCUAUGGUUUUGACUUUAAACCUGAAGUAUUAGUUGUGCUCUUUCUCAUCACAGAAAAAAUGGUUUCUCAUGUGAAUAUUUAAACAAUGUAAUAUUAGUUCUGCUACUGUGUUUUUAAGUAUCAGAUCUCUCCACGAGAGAAUUCCACAAUUGAAAAUGCCAUGAGAGGUUUAAAGUUUCAUAAUGUUGAGCAGUGUCUUCAUGGCAAGAACUGAAACUAAUUGCUAAGAACAUGCCAGUAAUCAGAGAAACAAACCCUUAUGUUUAAACACAAUUGGCAAAAGCGAAGGCCUUUGUAAUAUCUUUCAAAAGAAACCUCUGGCAUAAAUUAAACUGAGCUGAUCUCCAUGACAUGUUUUGUCCAUUAGUUCCAUAAUGAAAUGGGGUGCUAGUUUAAUUAAUACAGUGCCUGAAACACUUAGAUAUGCUGAUCCUGGUAACAGGAUAUGUUUUGUUGUUUAAAAAAACAAAACUCCUUAGCAUUGUUGUUACUGUACAAAACAAGAUUUCUUGCUGCUACUGCCGUUUUGGUUGUAAAUCCUCACCCUAAAAUAUUUUGCACUAAAAUAUGUAAAGGUGAAAGAAAUGCUAACUUUAAAAUGCACAGUUUGUUAUUUUCCUUUGCUAUUACAGGUGGUUAGUUCUACAAAUUGAAAAACUGUAGAAUGUAUUUUUUAGAAAGCAGGGUGCAAAAUGCACGUGGUUUCUCUAACUGUACCUGGAAUGGGUAGAGCCAUUGUUCUGUUCUUACCAAAGCCUGUUCAUUUAAACUCCAUUGGAAAAGUGGAGGUGGAUGGUCAUAUUUAUAAAUAAUCAUGGCUAAAGUCUGAUUUCAUUAGAAGUGUUAGAUUCAAAUUUUUUUUAAUUUUAGUCAUUUUAUUUUGUGGAAAGAUUUAAGUUAAAUAUAUAGACAAACUCCUCUAUGAAGCUGGGUGUUUUGCUUUUGUGUUGCCACCUACUAACAUAGGCAGGUUUUAUUUUUUAAGUUCAUAGAUGUACAAUAAGUUAUUUACCUGACUGAUCUGCAGUGGAAAAUCUGAAAUGUUUCUCAUGUAGCGGGUAGGGAAAUACAGCUGUAUUAGAUCAAUUUUUGCUGCACUCCUUUUGGUGGUUAGAGGUUGAGUCAUAUCAAGACACAGUAUUUAAGGCUGUACUUGGGUAUGCUGGAGUUCCAUUUGUAAAAUAGUGUUUGCUUUCUGUUGUUUGAGGCCUGACUUCCUCAUAUCUCUUCGGGCAUCAACUGCAACCGUUUUGUUUUGCUCUCUCGCAUUGAACGUGUGGCUGGUGACCAUUACACGACUUCAUUUCAUGGGAACUGUGUUGCUGCAUGUCAAUGAGCUCAUAAAUUAACAUAGGACUUUAUAAUCAGCUGUGGUCGAAACCUUGGAUGCUGAAAUCCUUGGACGUUGAACCGAAACCUUCUCAAUGAAGACACUUAAUUUACAGCACAGAAAAAAAAUUAAUUGGAAAAUGCAUGUUUUAAUUUAAAUUUUGUAACUUUUUGAUAGCGUAAUUACUUUAAUAGCUAGCCUUAAUUUCUGGCAUUUUAUUAUUAUAAAUGUGUAUUGUGCACUGUUGUAAAUUCACACACCAUAUCUCUAGAAUGUUCUCUGUUGCUAAAUGCAAAGUUCUUUGAAUUGUUUGUUCAUUAGGGAGAAAAAACGUCUUUGAGAACUUUUGUUUUUUAAGCUCCACCUUCAUAAAUUGACUGUUACUGAGAUAACAUUAAAUAACCUUCAUUUCUAUUUAGCAGAAUUUGUUUGCAGUUCAGUAUGACGUAGGCUCAGUGCUUUACUCAGGGAGUAGGCAGGGCAGGCAGAUUUUCCUCAGAGGGAAAUCACAGAAUCACAGAAUGUUAAGGGGUUGGAAUGGACCUUAAAGAUCAUCUAGUCCCAACCCCCCACC